UUAUUGUGCUGAACUUUUUUGCCUGAUGUUGUUAUUUGCGUAUUGUUUUCGGCCAGUAUCAACUGAAACUCAGUUGGGAAUUGCAAAGAUUCUGAGUUAUUCGCUGGGCGUUAUAUAAACAGAUUUUGAUCAAUAUUUCCGAAAUAGAAAAUAAAAAUAAUUAAAUUCACUUUUGGAGAGGGUAUUUAAUUUCAUAAAAUGCCUUCAACAUGUGAAUUCCAUUUGAAUAGUCCAAAUGCUGUGUACUACAGUGGUCAGGUUGUGUGCGGCUCAAUUGUACUGAAAACCACCAGUGACAAGGAUGUGCGAAAUGUCCGCAUACGCUUCGUGGGCGAGGCUAAAGUAAGCUGGACUGAAACCGAACGUCAUCGCAGAUCUGAUGGUCAUCAUGAGAGCCGCACCGUGUAUUUUCGGGCCAAUGAAGUCUACAUAGAUAAUUCUACUCAAGUCCGAGGUGAAGGUGUCUUGCCAAAAGGAACCCAUACGUAUACCUUCAAUAUACCCCUACCGCUGUCAUGUCCCACUUCGUGUGAGGGUAAAUAUGGUCACAUACGUUAUGCUCUGUGGCUGAUUGUUGAGCGGCCAUUUCGCUUUGACAACGAGUUCUCUAAACCAUUGACCGUCAUAAGAACUGUGGAUUUGAAUUUGAAUCCGGUGUAUAGGAUACCACUUGAAGCGGAAAAAACAAGUGCAAUUGGUUGCUGGCCCUGUUCAGGCGGCGAUAUCAAUUAUACUCUAAAAGUGCCCUUUGGAGCGUAUGCACCCGGUCAGACCUUACGCUACACCAUUCUAAUACAAAAUCAAUCUAUGACCGAUAUAAGUGGUUAUAGUUUGGAAUUUAAUGAACACAUCACAUUUACGGCCCAUACACCGCGCCAUAAGACACGUGAGAAGGACACCACAUUGGCCACCCAAGAGCAUUCCGACAAAUGUUUACGUCUAACCAAUCGUCAAUUUGAGGGUGAACUAAUUUUGCCCUCGUUACCGCCCGAUACCGAGGAUAAUUGUAUAAUACGUGUGCGACAUCGUUUGGAGUUUGAAAUGUAUGUGGACGGCUGUCAUGCCAAUAAGACCAUAAGUGUUCCGAUAUUUAUUGGAACUGUACCCUUACGAGAGAGCAUGACAAAUGACAGUAGUUUUACGGAAGUUGCACCCUCAGCACCACUUUUACCCAGUGAUGAAAAUACCAGUGAUUUGCCUCCAUCUUAUGGAGAUUUUAAACCACCAUCGUUCGAAGAGGCCAUUCGCAGUCACUCUCCCUUUCAAGACCCCGAUGCAAAUACACACUCAAAUGUCAUCGGCUUUAGACCUUUGUAUCCAGUUUAUCCGAAUAAUAAUGAAAAACAAUGAACAAUCUCAGCACACCACAGCUGGUCCAUGAAUUAUCUCGAAUUGAAGACAUUUGAUCCAAAGAAUUUAUCCAUCGCUUUAUAGCAUAACUACCUCAUUGUGCUGCCAAAUUUAUACUUAAACCUAUUAAAAUAUUUUUGCAGAACCUACUUACAUAUUUAUAUAUUUUGGAUCUCUUAUAAAAAAUAAAACAAAAUUUAAAGAAAUGUCGUACACACCAAUGUAAAGUGUAUACGUGUAAAGUU